UUUUUGACAUUUUGAACGCUUCAUCAUUUUGCCUGAAAGUGCUCUAUAGGUAUCGCGGGAGUUCUCGUUCAAUCACGUGACUUCUCACACAGCUCGGUUAUCAGGGAAGAUGAGUCACGUGAUUUCUGAGGCGGAGUUGUUGCCAUGGAGAUUUGGGUUGACUGAUGCACAGAGCGGAUCAGCGAGAGGACGCGUGUGGACUCAGAUUGCGUUUUUGAUUGAAAAUUAACCAAAUCAAAACAGUAAUUUACACAACAAACGUCAGGAUUGGUGAGAGUUUAGUCGCUCUGGCUGCUGAGAGACGCCAGAAUGCAGUUCGCUCCUCCUGUCAGCAAGAACAGGAUCAUAUCCACAUUUCCCAAGUGUUAUAAUCCACAAGCAUGUCUGCAGAUGAAGGAAGACUGGAGCGCUAAAGCUAAGCUGGUUUUUAAAGACCGAGCCACCAGGCAGCAGGGUCUGGACAGAUUGAAGAUGUCGAAAGCCGUCGUGGUUGGAGACCUGAACGUAGGGAAGACCUGCUUAAUUAACAGGUUCUGUAAAGAUGCCUUUGAUCGUGACUACAAGGCCACCAUCGGGGUCGACUUUGAAAUCGAGAGGUUUGAGCUCUCUGGGCUUCCGUUCUCCCUUCAGAUCUGGGACACUGCAGGCCAGGAGAAGUUUAAAUGCAUUGCUGCAGCGUAUUACCGAGGAGCUCAGGUGAUCGUCACGGUAUUCGACAUGACAGACAUUAAAACACUGGAAAACACAAAGCAGUGGCUGAUGGAGGCUCUGAACGAAAACGAACCAAACUCCUGCUUUAUUUUCUUGGUUGGAACCAAAAGAGAUCUGCUGUCUCCAGAGGAAUGCCAGAGGACAGAGAGAGACGCAGUAAAGAUGGCGGCGGAGAUGAACGCAGAGUUCUGGUCUGUCUCGUCCAAAACAGGAGAAAACGUGCAGCAGUUCUUCUUCCGUGUGGCUGCUCUGGCUUUCGAAGACUCCGUCCUGAAGGACAUGGAGCUCGGCUACAGCACGGCGCAGAUCGGAGACGGAGACGUUCUCAAAGUGGAUAAAACUCAAGCGGCUGCAGAGGUGAAGGCAGUGAGGAAGAGCUGCUGCUGAUCUGGUGGAGAUGUUCUGCACUAAAUCACGCUGAAGACCUCCGAAGGAGCAGCUCGAGAAUUUAAAAAGGAAGAAACAGAAACACUGAGCAGUCGAGUGUUUGCUCACACAGCACCUGCUCUGAGUAAAAGGAAGUAAAACCCGGGACUUUUACUGCUCGAGCUUCAUCAUGGUGUUUAUACUCUCAGUAUUGUGCUACUUUAAUCACUGCCAUUAUAGAAAUAAAAUGAAAAUAAAAUAUACAGUUUUGGAGCAGAGGAGUGUAAACCUGACUGCCUCUUUAACAGAACAGAAAUUUAAUUCAGUAUUUAAUUGUGAUCGAUCGCUGGAACUGAGCAGCUGUUUGAAAACCUGCAUCUUAAAAUCACAGUUAUUGACAUGAAUUUGGAUUAUUUUAUUAUUUUACCAAUACUUUUUUUUUUACAACAUUAAAUGACUUUCUCUUGCAGUGUGUGUUUUUUUCUUUUCUUUCAAAUACUUGUCGAUUAUA